AUGUUUUAUUUAAGUCGACAACAACGAGGCCGUCACGCGACUAACGCAUGCACUAAUUGCCGAAAGAAACACGCAAAGUGUUCCGAAGAAGCUAUUUGCACAAAUUGCGCAUCACACAACCUUGAAUGUAUUUACGUUAAACCGGUUAAAAAACGGGGACCGAAAGCUACUGAUAGAUCAGCUAACGUUUUUGAAGAUAACUCCGGGGAUGCCCCAAAUAUCGAGCUUGAACACUCAUCAACUCAAUUUGGCGUACCCAUUCCUUUCUACCUUGACUAUAACGAAGAAUCUCAACCAAUCCAAUAUAAUUAUUUUUCACAUAUUAAUACCAAUGAUAUUAUGCUUGAUAACUCUGGUGAAGCCCCAAAUAUCGAACAGGAACACUUAUCAACUCAAUUUAGCGUACCCAUUCUUUUCUAUCCUGGCUAUAGCUGUAACGAAGAAUUUCAACCGAUCCAAAAUGGUUUCUUUUCAAAAAUUAAUACCAAUGAUAUUAUGCUUGAUAACUCUGGUGAAGCUCCAAAUAUCGAACAGAAACACGCAUUGACUCAAUUUAGCGUCUAUAAUGAUGAAAUUCAGCCAAUGCAAAAUGGUUUCUUUUCAAAAGUUAAUACUAAUUAUAUUAUGCUUGAUAACUCUGGUGAAGCUUCAAAUAUCGAACAGGAGCACGCAUUGACUCAAUAUGAUGUACCCCUUUCUUUCUGUCCUGGCUAUAACUAUAACGAAAAUUUUCAACCAAUCCAAAAUGGUUGCUUUUCACAUAUUAAUACCAAUGAUAUUAUGCUUAAUAAUAACGCACUCGUUAACUUUUUUGAUAACACAUAUUCUUUACCUAAUAGUUUAUCCACUUGUUCUUCUUCUAUUGCUUCUAAUCUAGAUUGUAUGCUCAGAAAAUUUUAA